CACACCAUGGCAGAGCAGGAACCCACACCCGAGCAGCUGGAGGCGCUUGCAGCAGCCAAUGACGAGCCGGAAAACCCUCUCAACUACAAACCCCCCGCCGCGAAGAGCCUACAGGAGAUCCAUGAGCUGGACCAGGACGACGAGAGCCUGCGCAAGUACAAGGAGACCCUGCUGGGCAACGUGGCCUGUGUGGCAGACCCCACGGCCCCCAACGUGCAGGUGAUAGGGAUGACUCUGAAGUGUGAAACGGCCCCUCACCCUCUGGUGCUCGACCUGACGGGAGACCUGACUAAAUUCAAGAAGAGCCCAUUUGUUCUGAAGGAAGGGGUGGAAUAUAGAAUACAGAUCAACUUCAAGGUCAACAAGGAUAUUGUGUCCGGCAUGAAGUACACUCAGCAGUCAUUCCGGGGAGGAAUUAAGGUUGAGAAGUCUGACUACAUGGUGGGCAGCUAUGGCCCGAGACCCUCUGAGGAGUACACGUACGUCACCCCCAUGGAGGACGCCCCCAAAGGGAUGAUCGCCCGCGGCACAUACACCAUCAAGUCCAAGUUCACCGACGACGACAAGCACGACCACCUCUCCUGGGAGUGGUGCAUCGCGAUCAAGAAAGACUGGACCGAAUGAUUCGCCAUCCACGUCUUCCUCCGCUUGGUCCCUCUUUCCUUUCUUGCUGUCAUUCCAUUUUAUCUGUCUGUUACGUGUUGAUUUGAGAUGUCGCUCUCUCCGUCCAUCGACAUCCCCCCCCCCCCCACCUGUCUGCUAAACUAUACAAGUGGAGAAAGCAAACGAUGUGCACGAUCCAGAUUUCUCAGUUUGUUUAUAAAAGAAAAAAUUAAGUAAAAAAAGAUAGUCUUGUUAACUGCUGAAAGUGACCCCCCCCCCCUGUACCCUCUCUUUCAUUCUUAUCUACGACCAGAUUGUUUUUUUUCUACGAAUACCGUGAUCUGCCUUGAAUAGCAUCGUACAGGAAGCAGUAGAGCUGUAUUUGAGAAGCUGGAAACCACUCUUGGACCUCCUAAAGCCUCUGAGCAGAUUAUUCAUAUCAGGGUCCCACUAAAUUAUUUGGGAUUCAGGCCACCUCUUUUUCAAAUGAUUUAGUCUGAAACUAAUUGACCUCUGAGCCGCUGUGACCCUCGCUGUAGGUCUUCCUCUCCUGAUCAGGGUAUAUUGUCAGUUCUUUUUAGCAGCCAUGUGGCCUUAACAUAACCCAUUGGAAGAAAUAGACUACCUAAAUGAGCCAUUUGCCUUCUGAUAUAUACAUAAUGUGACAUAAUGUGAUACAUCCUAACGCCACAUGGACAGGGAAUUUAGCAACUUUUAAUUCAGGUAUGACGAUUUGUAAAAAGCCAUUGUGUUGGCGUCCAUCAUGUUAGCUUGAUUUACAAACAUCCUUUUCUUGACAGUGUUGAAUUAACUUUUUUUUUUCGAUCAUUGACAACAGCUGUAAGGAUGAGUCCAGGUUGUACUAAUGGCUUUUUGUCACCCAGUGUCCUUUUCUAGUCCCGUAGGCCAUAUUUUUCCAACAUGUCCAAGGACUGUAAAACCACUCAUCCUGUAUUACUCGAGUUUAAAAUGACCACCGCUGACUGUGCCUCUUUUACAACCACAUGCUGCUCCUGCUGACGACGGCACUCUGUGCUCGACAUCAGGGAGGUGCUAAACGCUGUCUUUAAUUGACUUCUGAACCAGUGUAGAGACAUCAGUCCCCAACCAGACAUAUAUAAAGUGUUAUUCCUUUUUUUUAUACACUCCAGAAGUAUGGAAAUGAAGUCUGUAUCCACUGCUUCGUUAGGCGCUUGUGUCACAGACUGAUGUUUGUCUCUGUAGGUUGGGUUUUACUCAAUGUGUGAUUCUUGUAUUACCUACAGUUUACUGAUAUCCUGUGUUCACAUUAAAGUGUUCAGACUGGG